UUGCCCAUAGUUGACCCACGACCAAAGGUCACCUCGCACAAACAGGUCAGCCAACCAUCUGCGACACCGCAACCCUCUCCCCCAAUUUCCCCGGCCCCUGAAGUGUCUGACACCGCGGCGCCCCCUACAACUCCCUCCGUUACCGCAUCCGAUGUGCCCGUAAAAAAACGGGCUCAACCUCAGUCGCAACUCAACUGGAGACAACUUUUAUGCUGUGCCUCCAAGCAUCGUGAGCCAAGCAAAGCUGAAAAGACUAUAACCGCUAAGGACUCCGGUGGAAAACCGUCAUCGGCUGCAGUCGCGGUUCCCGCCCUCGGCGAUGUUGAUACUUCUAAUAACAAAUCAUCCUACAUCGAAUCCAAAACCCAGGAUGGGAGUUUAAAGGAAUCUACUGUUCCCCCCGAACCCACAGUAACAAUCCGAAACCACCGAAAAGGUCGGUUUCGUUCCUUCUUCCGGCGAAAACCUCGUCCCCACGUUCCUGAGGUUGUGCUGUGUAAAGUUACAAAGACCCAUAAUAACCAGAUCGACAAUCGGCUUAAAGUGACAGCUCCCACCCUUCUCGUCACAAGACACGAAGCCAUCAGCGAAACCACCUAUCUGCCAUAUCAAGCCGCCAGUGGACCUCCUCCCUUUGCCUUUACUGAGAAGAGACAACCCAAUGAUAAUGACGCCAAAGUUGACUUCCCAGACGACACGGGUUACGACUAUGAUCAUCCUCUUAAUGCUGAUCGGCUCGCAAAUCACGAUGAUCUCGGCGCCGACUCGGCUUCAGACGAAAGUCUUCACACGGAGGACUCGUUUAACGAGGCCUUUGAUCAGGCUGAUGUGACAUUUGCCUGGACUAACAUGGACGCGGACUAUCUUGGUCUUGAAACCUGUCUCUCAUAA